UGGUAUAAUUCUCAUUAGAUCGAAUGUCAAUGUUACUGUUAAAUUACAUCUGAAAUUUUAUUGUUCUCGGAAUAAUAUUCGUUUUGUUAUUCCGCGUUUGGUGUUCGAGUACAAAAUAAAACAAUUAAGCGUUAAUCCGUGCAAUACUUGAAGUGCGGACACCUUUUAAGAUGUCGACCGCGCAGUUGGCAGCUCAAAGAAAAUAUUUACGUUCACUGGUCUUAUGGUUCUAGAAAUGGCUGUUCUCCGAGUGCGAGAAAAUGGUGGAAACUAACUAUUUUUCGAUUCCGGAUCGCGGAUAAAGUACGUGCAAAACCGCCCCAGUUCGCCACAAGGUCCAGUGCCAGGGGCCAUUAAGUGGUGACCAUAAGGUGGACACGGUUAUGGCAUCUAACAGUGACGGAUCCGCGGGCAGCAACGGUUCUCGUAACUUCGACGUGCACAAACAGGUUUAUGAGAACACGGGGAAGGAUUUAGUGGGCGCACGACGUAAAUGCGACCACCCCCAAUCAUCUCUCAUACCAUCUAUGUGUGACUACGAAUAUUACGUCGAACAGCACAGGGCCGCCAUGAACCAGCUGGAAGUUACGUCGCUGGACUCUGCGACGCUCAGAGUCAAGUACACCGAACUGCUGACCGAGAACAAACGUCUGGAACAGGAGAACCAGUGCGUGCGCAAUGAUCUGCAAGAGCACAAGGAUGAGAAGGCACGUUUGAUGCAACAGUGCGACAGUCUCGGACAAGAACGAACUCUGGCUAUUAGGGAAAUGUCUGGCUUGAAGCAGCAGCUAAUUAAGUUUUAUAACAAUUAUGUAAAUUCCAGAGAAGUCUGUCAGAAACUAAAGCAGCAAUAUGAGAGUGUAACUGGCAGAUUGAACAAAGAAAUAACGCAAUUGACGGACGAAAGGAACGCAGCCAUGACUGAGUACACAUUGACAAUGAGUGAAAGGGAUACCGUUCACAAAGAAAUGGAAAAGCUUAGUGAUGAUUUGGCACAAGCGGUAAAAAAAAUAAAAAUGUUAGACUCCGAGAAUAAGGAUUUGCAGGACGAAAAACGCGGUCUCAACUUCCAACUUGAGUCGCUCAGAAGGGAGAUAUCUAGUGCGUUACAAGAGCGCGAUAAAGCCAUCAAGGAGUGCAAUGAUUUGAGACAGAAGUUCGGGGAAUUGGGGGCUUCUAGUGAAGGUCAUCUGCUCACGGGCGAUCACACGAAGAAGAGCAGGGGCAGAUUGAUAGAUAGCUUAGGGCACAUUACCGAAAACGGUGGGAGGAAGGAGCAUCUCAGGGAAGACGCAAGAUCCAUAGGUCAGCGCCAAAGACUAGACAAUUUGGACAAGGCAAACGAAGAACUGGAAAUGCUGCGUAAAGCUCUCGACAAAGCCCAGUUGGAAUUGGCUGAAGCAGUUCAAGAAGCAGAAGUUUCCAAAGGACGACGUGACUGGGCUUUCUCGGAACGUGAUAAAAUCGUUCUCGAACGCGAAAGCAUACGUACUUUGUGCGAUAACAUGCGUAAAGAACGUGACAGAACCGUUACCGAAUUGGCCGAAUCUUUGAGAGAGUCGGACGCGUUAAAAAUACAAAGAAACGAACUUAUGAAGGAGAUGAAACAAUUACGAGAGGCGUUCGAAAACCAGCUCGAACAAAAUAGGAUGCAGGAACACGAUUUGGAACACCAGUGCGGUCAUACUGAAGUAGUGGAGCUAGAGAUUAGUCCGUCAGACACUGAAGGUGUAGAACUGGCCGGAAGUGUGUAUGUUGACUCAGUGGCACCUGGGUCCUUGGCCAUUGGAAAACUGUUCCCCCAUGACAGAAUAUUGCGAGUAAACGACGUGGAUUGUAGUCAAGUUUCGCAACGCAUGGUUUCAGAAGCUAUCAAGUCCAGCAUGCCUGUUGCUAGGUUAUUGGUCAAGAGAACCAGAUGUGCGAGAAGUGAGGUGAGGACAAAUGGAGAUCAGGUGACAAAGUGGUGCCAUACUGCAAGACUGGCACCAGCUUGUCAUGGUUUGUCACUCAGAAUGGGAUUCUACAUCAGUAGGAUUAGUGACGGCAGUUUAGCCGCGAGAGACAAAAGUUUAACAGUAGGAGAUCGUGUCUUAAGGAUAAACGAUAAAUCAAUGGACGACGUAGAAAGCGAACGCGAAGCGAUGCAAAUCUUAAAUGACGGCUCAGCGGACGUCAUAAAUCUCACCACCUUAAAAAUGAGUUAUCCCGAAUGUCCCAACGUUUUCCAACCUGUUCGACGUGUUAAGAAAGAAAAACAGAACACUACUCAGACCGAAGAUUGGCUGGGGGAUGGAGGUAAAUACGGUUCGCCGUCGGUCAGUUCAAACUCUGUGGUGCAGCAAGAGAAAAAUGGAAGCGGCGCUUGGUACAAAAAAUUUGACAUGCGAGGAAGAAGACAGUCCAAAGAAGACAAGAAAAAACAUAGAAAUAGUAUUGAACAUGAACAGAUAAAUUUAUCUGUGUUUCAGGUGAUGGCCGAGUUCGACUCGGUCAUUGAUCACUACCAAACGGGUUCGACCGGUCUGGGUACCGUCAAGCGCAACUUGACCAAACGUCACAGCACCAGCUACGGCAAAGAAGAAAAAAAUAACGGCGGCACUUGGCCGAAAGCGCGCAACACCCAGCUGCUACUCCAAGGUGCUACCGGCACUGUUGUAACUAGAAAACGAGAGCGACCGCCCCUUAGCGUCUUGCACACCACGAAUGAUUCGGAUUACACCUACAGAAAUUCAGUAACGAUUCCUCCGGUUCAACAACCCGUACCACAAACUGUGGCGCAAGUCAGCAACCGUCAUACCGUGUAUAAAACGAUGGAGUCCGCCGGUUCAGUUGGUGGAAGACAAUUUGGGGGUGUGAGUGACAGUUUUGAAAAGUUGCGCACUGCCGUUGGCGCAUCAAACAGAUGCAGCGUCAACAGUCUCGAUUAUCAAGUGCAGCACAGGUGUAUAGAUGUGGUGAAUUGCACCAAAAAGCACAGAUCACCAAAGUACAGCUCCGAUUCCGAACGCGACAGCAUAAUAGGCGGCCCAACGGCAGAUUCAGCAGUGGUCCUGCACAUGACUCCCCCUUCCUCCCAGCUGUUCGGCGGUGCGCGGGGCGGUGUGGGUGCCGGUGUCCACUACUCCUUCCACCCGCAUCCCCAUCCCACGCUGGUCAAUUCCAGGGACAGCAUUACUUUUGAACCGCCCCCCUUUCAUCAACACCCACAUCAUCAUCACGUGCACAGUCCGUCCGCUGACGUGGGUGGAAAUGCAGCCAGACGGGCCGUCGAACACUUGGGUGGUGGAACGUUUCCUAGGAAGAGAGGAGAUGAGCGGUUCAGGGUGCCCUCCAAUCCCAGUGUCACCGGAAAGGGUAGCACAGGGUGUAUCGAAAGGGGUAGCUCUGAUAGAGGCAGUCCGAUGCCAAAAUUUCACGUGGAAGUUCUGAGUAGUCCUGGCGAUCAUUCCGGCUCCAGAGCGGUGACCGGUUCGAAGGACUGCUGUUCGUGGGGUCCUCACAAGCCCCUCGUCGGCGAAUUACGUCGAGUGCACAUCGACAAAAGUAACGAACCGCUUGGCAUUCAGAUAAACUGUUCGGAUACCGGAGGAAUUUUCGUGUCAACGGUGAACGAGAACAGUUUGGCGAGCAGAGUCGGCCUACAAAUCGGAGACCAACUUUUGGAAGUUUGCGGCAUAAACAUGCGUAAAGCUACGUACAACGUCGCGGCGAACGUUCUGAGGCAGUGCGGUAAUUCGAUUACAAUGCUAGUACAGUACAGUCCGGACAAAUAUCACGAACUGGACGGUGGUUCGGCCAGUUGUUCGGGCGGUUCGUUAUCCAACGACGACGAUUUAGAUGAUGAUGAAGGCGAAGGAGAAGCCACGCCUUGCAACUCGCCCAAAGAGGUGCGUAAGUCGUCCGGAUUGCAAAUUAAACCUGGUGCUUUGAGUAGUAUUCAAAGACAGAUUAAUGGUGCUGUCCAACCACCUUCAAGAAUUACCAGUGAAGAACCGCGAUAUUUGGUGAUUGAAACAUUAAAAACAUCAAACUUGGGUAUAUCAUUAGUGGGUGGAAACGCUGCCGGCAUUUUCAUUCAUUCAGUGCACUCUGACUCUCUGGCUUAUCUGGCAGGUCUGAGAACAGGAGAUCAAAUUCUAGAGUACAACAAUUGCGAUUUAAGGAACGCGACUGCCGAAGAGGCUGCGUACGAGUUAGCCAAACCUGCGGACAAAGUAACUGUGUUGGCACAUUAUCGAAUUGACGAAUACAACGAGAUUAAAGACAACCCGGGUGACAGCUUCUAUGUGCGAUGUGGCUUCGAUCGCACAGGCAAUGAAAAUACCGAGCCUCCCGAACUUACUUUUAGCAAAGACGAGGUGCUUUACGUAGACAACACGAUGUUCAACGGUGUCCCCGGACAAUGGCGCGCUUGGCGUUUGGACGCGGACGGCCAUCGGCAGCAGUGCGGCGUUAUUCCUAGUAAAUAUAAGGUGGAGGAAGAGUUGCUACUGCGGCGCGGCGCGGCCGACAUGGAAGCAGGCGGUAGAAGUACGGCGACUGCACGCAGGUCGUUCUUUAGGCGAAAGAAGCAUCGCAGCGGUUCCGGCCUUGGUUCUAACAGAGAUUCAAAGGAGUUGGCGAGUUUCUGUCCGGGAUGGUACUCUGACAGUGGUUCGUUGCACGAAGAUCUCUCACAGAAUUCUUAUCAACGGGUCGAAAGACUGUUGCAUCCAGAAUUUCGACCGGUUUUGGUUCUGGGCCCGUUGUCGGAGUGCGUGGCGGAUAAAUUGGUAACCGACUUUCCAGAGAAAUUUCAGCGUCCGGUAAUGGAACAACGUCAUUGUUCGCAAAUGCAGCUCGAUCGCGAUCUCAUCGACGGUCAAGUUGUCGAGUACCGACGCCGUGGCUCCGGUUUCGAAUGUCUGACGGUGGCGGCGUUGCGCGCCGUCGCUCAGUCCCGUCUUCAUUGCAUGUUGGACGCUUCGAUCGCCUGUGUGGAGAGAUUGCACAGGCAUCACAUUUAUCCAGUGGUUUUGUUGAUCAAAUUUAAGAGCACAAAACAGAUUAAAGAGGUGAAAGAUACGAGACAAAGCUCGGACAAAUUAUCGGGCAAAGCAGCCAAAGAAAUGUACGAACACGGACACAAAUUGGAGGCGGAUCACCGUCACUUGGUGACUGCGGUGGUCCCGGCUGGGGCUAAUGUGGCCCAUGUUUGUACGCAGGUAAAGACUGCGGUCGAACUGGAACACAGAAAGAGUCAGUGGGUUCCCUUGAGUCUGCACUGAAUAUAAUGAAUCUCACUGGUGUUCCAGUAGGGUUGUGGUACGUUUUGUUUUUAAUACUCCGUGAUAUUUUUAUAUAAAGGUAUGCCGUUGUGGGAGUUUUUAACAUGAUAAAUGCUCUAGUUAAGUCUAAGUUUUACUGUUGAUAAUUUUUGAUCAAACAUAAAAAUAUUUAUUGAAACGCAGUUGUAAAUUUUAUUAUUUAAUAUUAUUAAUUGGACUGUUUUGAAUUUUAUAACGAUUUAAUUUCUGCAACGAAUUGUUAAAAUUUCAAUGGCGUACUGUAUUUUAAAACUAAUGUAUAUAGAAUAUUCAACAAACUCGUAAAUUUUAUUAUAGCAUGGAACCAUUUUAUAUAUCAACGAACUAAAAACAACUCUGUGCUUCCAAAAAUAUUCAUCUCUGUCAAAAGCUCAUUAAUUUACAAGCUUUUUAUACUAAAACUUUUGGAUGGCAUAUACAGUAAACUGGCACAUUGUGUACAGUGAAAGUGCCUUUUUAAAAACAUAACUGCCAAAAUUUUAUACCGACAUUGAUAUUCGAUAAAAUUUUACCGAUUCUUAGCUUUUAAUAUUUACAUCGUAAGGUGGUUGUAUUAUGUAUCUUCUUUUCUGUGAUUACAUUUAUUAUAUCUACUCAUGUUAUAAUUUCUUAUAAAGAAGUAAAUAUAUGUAUUUAUAUAUUAAA